AUCGUCUCGACGUCGACAGCUGUGCAAGCCCCGUACUCGGAUAUACCACGCACUGCACCCCCACAGCGACAACGGAAACAUGAAGGCCCUCUUGUCACUGCUGAUUCUAUCCAUCGCCAUCGCUGUAGUAGCGGCUGGCUACGGCUACGGGCAUGGCUAUGGUGGGUAUGGAGGCUACGGAGGCUACGGUGGAUACGGCGGCUACGGCGGCUACGGUGGCUACGGGGGAUACGGCGGCUACGGUCACGGCGGAUAUGGUGGAUACGGUGGCUAUGGUGGCUACGGGGGAUACGGCGGCUACGGUCACGGUGGCUAUGGUGGAUACGGCGGCUACGGCGGUUAUGGAGGCUACGGAGGCUAUGGUGGCUAUGGAGGAUACGGUCACGGAGGCUACGGGCAUGCAUACAAAGUCAUCAGCUACGGACACGGACAUGGUUACCAUGGAUAGAUAUUUCAGUGACGUGUAUUUAUUUAUUGAAUGUAAAUAAAGGUAACGAGCAAUGGCUGCA